AUGGAGCAGAUGGACUGUAAGCCCUACCAGCCACUGUCAAAAGCUAAGCAUGAAAUGGAUCUAGCUUACACAAGCUCUUCAGAUGAAAGCGAAGAUGGGAGAAAAGCAAGACAAUCUUAUGAGUCCAGAGAAACUCUCAAUGACUACACCCAAGAACUAAGACUGAAUUACAACAGCCACAGCAGAAAACGGAAAGCUGUUGAUGAGCCCCCACAAGAGAUGGAAUUCUGUGAAACUCCACACAUUUUGUGUACUGGCUACCAAACAGACCUGCAUGCUGUUUCUCAGCAUGGCUAUCCGAUAGAAAUGGGAUCAGAUGCCGAUACUGAGACAGAAGGGGGCGCCUCGCCAGAUCAGGCCUUGAGGAUGUGGAUGUCUGGGAUGAAAUCGGAACACAGUUCCUGUCUAUCAAGCCGUGCAAACUCGGCGUUAUCCCUCACGGACACAGACCAUGAAAGGAAGUCUGAUGCAGAAAAUGAAAUGCCAGGCAGCCCACGCAACCAGUUCACGUUCAGACCACUCCCGCCACCCCCUCCACCUCCCCAUGCCUGCACCUGCAGCAGGAAGCCAACUUCAUCAGCCGACUCUCUCCAAGGAAGAUCAAUGACGACCCGCAGCCAGCCUAGUCCGGCUGCUCCACCCCCUCCAAGUAGUACACAAGAUUCGGUGCAUCUCCAUAACAGCUGGGUCUUGAACAGUAACAUACCGCUGGAGACCAGAAGUCAAUGGGGGAUUUGCUGGCCCUUGGCUGUGGAAUUGCCUUCCACCAGAAAUCAGGAGGACCAUGUAUCUUCCCUCGUGCCAAGCGAAAUGCACUUCCUAUUUAAACAUGGAUCGGGUUCUUCAGCUAUCUUCAGUGCAGCCAGUCAGAACUAUCCUUUAACUUCCAAUACUGUUUACUCACCACCUCCUAGGCCACUUCCUAGAAGUACUUUUUCUAGACCGGCUUUCUCUUUUAACAAACCUUACCGAUGUUGCAAUUGGAAGUGCACUGCCUUGAGCGCCACAGCGAUCACGGUCACGCUGGCACUGUUGCUGGCCUAUGUGAUUGCAGUACAUUUGUUUGGCCUAACUUGGCAACUCCAGCCUGUGGAAGGGCAGUUGUAUGAAAACGGAGUCAGUAAGGGAAACAAAGGCACAGAGACCAUGGAUACGACUUACUCGCCCAUUGGAGGAAAAGUUUCAGAUAAAACUGAAAGGAAAGAAAUAGUGUUUCAGAAAGGGCAGGCAAUAGACACGGGCGAAGUCGAAAUCGGAGACCAGGUGAUGCAGACUAUCCCGCCAGGCCUCUUCUGGCGCUUCCUGAUCAUGAUCCAUCACCCAGUGUAUCUGAAGUUCAAUGUUUCCUUGGCAAAGGACUCUCUGCUGGGAAUUUAUGGGAGGCGCAAUAUUCCCCCCACUCAUACACAGUUCGAUUUCGUGAAGCUGAUGGAUGGGAAGCAGCUUAUUAAGCAGGAACCCAAACAUUCGGAGGAAUCUCAGCAAGCUCCCAGGAACCUGAUCUUAACAUCAAUGCAAGAAACAGGGUUCAUAGAAUACAUGGAUCAAGGAGCUUGGCACAUGGCACUUUACAACGACGGGAAGAAAAUGGAGCAAGUGCUUAUGUUAACAACAGCCAUUGAAAUGAUGGACGACUGCUCCACUAACUGCAAUGGAAACGGAGAGUGCAUCUCUGGCCACUGCCACUGUUUCCCAGGUUUCCUUGGGCCCGAUUGUGCACGAGAUUCCUGCCCAGUGUUGUGCAGCGGGAACGGGGAGUAUGAAAAGGGCCAUUGUGUGUGUCGCAACGGAUGGAAAGGGCCUGAGUGUGAUGUUCCUGAAGAGCAGUGCAUUGACCCCACCUGCUUCGGCCAUGGGACUUGUAUCAUGGGAAUUUGUAUCUGUGUCCCUGGAUAUAAAGGAGAAAUAUGCGAGGAAGAGGACUGUUUAGAUCCUAUGUGCUCUGGCCAUGGAGUCUGUGUCCAAGGGGAAUGCCAUUGUUCCAUGGGCUGGGGAGGAGUCAACUGUGAGUCAUCCCUUCCUGUCUGCCAAGAACAGUGCUCAGGCCAUGGCACCUUCCUUCUCGACACUGGCAUGUGUAACUGUGACCCAAAGUGGACCGGUUCCGAUUGUUCGACAGAGCUUUGUACCCUGGAGUGUGGCAGCCAUGGUGUUUGUGCAAGAGGCAUGUGCCAAUGUGAAGAAGGCUGGGUAGGCCCAACAUGUGAAGAGCGUACGUGUAAUUCUCAUUGCACUGAACACGGGCAGUGCAAAGACGGCAAGUGUGAAUGCAGCCCUGGAUGGGAAGGGGACCAUUGCACCAUUGAUGGCUGCCCAGGUCUGUGUUACGGAAAUGGAAGAUGUACCCUUGACCAGAAUGGGUGGCACUGUGUCUGCCAGGUGGGCUGGAGCGGAAUGGGAUGCAACGUUGUCAUGGAAAUGAUGUGUGGAGAUAACGUGGAUAACGAUGGAGAUGGUUUGACAGACUGUGUAGAUCCUGAUUGCUGUCAGCAAAGCAAUUGCUUUGCAAGCCCUCUCUGCCAAGGUUCCCCUGAUCCCCUUGACCUCAUCCAGCAGAGCCAGCCUCCGUUCUCACAGCAUCCUCCAAGGCUCUUCUACGACAGAAUCAAAUUUCUUAUUGGCAAAGAAAGCACUCAUGUAAUCCGGGGAGAUGUCUCAUUUGACAGCAGGCGCGCCUGUGUCAUUCGAGGCCAAGUAGUGGCGGUGGAUGGAACCCCUCUGGUUGGAGUGAAUGUGAGUUUCCAGCACCACAGUGAUUAUGGAUACACCAUCAGCCGACAGGAUGGAAGUUUUGACCUAGUGGCUAUUGGAGGCAUCUCGGUCACCCUGGUCUUUGACAGAUCUCCUUUUCUUUCUGUGAAAAGGACACUUUGGUUGUCCUGGAAUAGGUUUAUUGUGGUAGACAAAGUAAUCAUGCAAAGAACAGAGGUGGAGCCACCAUCUUGUGACAUCAGUAGCUUCAUCAGCCCCAACCCCGUUGUGCUUCCUUUUCCCCUGACAACAUUUGGAGGAUCCUGCCCUGAAAGAGGAACAAUCAUCCCAGAACUGCAGGUGGUCCAGGAGGAAAUCCCUCUGCCUUCUAGCUUUGUGAAGCUCAGUUACUUGAGCAGCCGUACUCCAGGCUAUAAAACACUGCUGCGCAUCAUCUUGACACAUUCUACCAUCCCUCCUGGAAUGACAAAAGUACAUCUUACCAUCACCGUGGAAGGGCGGCUAGCUCAGAAGUGGUUUCCUGCUGCCACCAAUCUGGUCUACACCUUUGCUUGGAACAAGACAGAUAUUUAUGGGCAGAAAGUCUCCGGCCUGGCAGAAGCAACGGUAUCAGUAGGCUAUGAAUACGAGACUUGUCCAGAUUUUGUUCUAUGGGAGAAAAGGACCGUGAUACUGCAGGGAUUUGAGUUGGAUGCUUCUAAUCUGGGUGGCUGGUCAUUAGACAAACACCAUAUUUUGAAUACGCAGAGUGGUAUCGUACACAAAGGAAAUGGAGAGAAUAUAUUCAUCUCCCAGCAACCACCAGUUAUUUCAACCAUCAUGGGCAACGGGCACCAGAGAAGUGUCUCCUGCACCACCUGUAAUGGCCCAUCUCAGGCCAGUAAACUCUUUGCACCAGUCGCCAUGGCUUCUGGGACUGAUGGCAGCAUAUACAUUGGCGACUUCAAUUUUGUCCGAAGGCUCCUUCCUUCUGGGAACUCUGUUAGCAUCCUAGAGUUAAGGAACAGAGACACGAGACAUAGCACAAGUCCAGCUCACAAAUACUACCUGGCUAUGGACCCUGUGUCCGAAUCUCUUUACUUGUCCGAUACAAAUACCAGGAGAGUUUACAAAGUGAAAUCGCUCAGUGAAACCAAGGAUUUGGCCAAGAACUAUGAGGUGGUGGCAGGAACAGGGGACCAGUGUCUUCCUUUUGACCAGAGCCAUUGUGGAGAUGGAGGACGGGCGUCGGAAGCAUCACUUCACAGUCCCCGAGGUAUCACUGUCGAUAAGCAUGGCUUCAUUUACUUUGUUGAUGGCACCAUGAUUCGGAAGAUUGAUGGGAAUGGAGUGAUCACAACGUUAAUAGGCUCCAACGGUCUCACAUCUACCCAACCACUGAGCUGUGAUGCAGGAAUGGACAUUACUCAGGUCCGCUUAGAGUGGCCGACAGACCUUGCAGUCAACCCAGUAGACAACUCCCUGUAUGUUCUGGACAAUAACAUCGUACUUCAAAUUUCUCAAAAUAGGCGAGUACGAAUUAUUGCGGGUCGCCCUAUUCACUGCCAGGUGCCGGGCAUAGACCACGUUUUGGUCAGCAAAGUGGCAAUUCACUCCACACUUGAAUCUGCCAGAGCGAUCACUGUGUCUCACAGUGGAGUGCUGUACAUUGCCGAGACGGACGAAAGGAAGAUCAACCGAAUACAGCAGGUCACGACCAACGGAGAAAUCUCUAUCAUUGCUGGAGCCCCGACAGAUUGUGAUUGUAAAAUUGACCCCAAUUGUGACUGUUUCUCAGGCGACCGUGGGUAUGCCAAAGACGCAAAACUGAAAGCUCCUUCUUCCCUUGCUGUAUCUCCUGACGGCACGCUGUACAUAGCCGACCUUGGCAACAUCCGCAUUCGUGCAGUCAGUCGAAAUAAGGCUCAUCUCAAUGACAUGAAUAUUUAUGAGAUCGCAUCCCCAGCAGACCAGGAACUGUAUCAGUUCACAAGCAACGGGACUCACCUGCACACGCUCAAUCUAAUUACGAGGGACUACAUGUACAAUUUCACAUACAACGGGGAAGGUGAACUUGGCACCAUUACCAACAGCAAUGGGAAUUCGGUUCACAUUCGCAGAGAUGCCAGCGGUUUGCCUCUGUGGCUGGUGAUGCCAGGAGGCCAGGUGUACUGGCUGACCAUAAGUAGCAAUGGUAUUCUUAAAAGGGUCUAUGCUCAAGGCUACAACUUAGCCUUAAUGACCUAUCCGGGCAACACAGGUCUUCUAGCAACCAAAAGUAACGAGUAUGGAUGGACAACUGUUUAUGAGUACGACUCGGAUGGUCAUUUAACCAAUGCAACAUUUCCAACUGGUGAGGUCAGCAGCUUCCAUAGUGAUGUAGAAAAACUGAUGAAAGUUGAACUCGACACUUCGAGUAGGGAAAAUGUGAUCACAGCUACAAACUUUUCCGCUACCUCUACUAUUUACACACUAAAACAAGACAACACUCAGAAUAUCUAUCGGGUCAGCCCAGAUGGGUCUCUCCGAGUCACCUUUGCCAGCGGAAUGGAGAUCACUCUGAACACAGAGCCGCAUAUCCUAGCAGGUGUUGUCAACCCCACUUUAGGAAAAUGCAACGUCUCUCUGCCUGGGGAGCACAACUCCAAUCUUAUCGAGUGGAGGCAAAGAAAAGAACAGACCAAGGGCAACAUCUCAGCCUUUGAGAGACGGUUACGGGCUCAUAACAGAAACCUGUUAUCGAUUGAUUUUGACCACCUAACCAGAACGGGGAAGAUCUACGAUGACCAUCGGAAGUUCACUCUUCGGAUUCUCUACGACCAGGCAGGCCGCCCCAUCCUUUGGUCCCCCAUCAGCAAAUACAACGAAGUCAACAUCACAUACUCUCAUUCUGGAUUAGUGACCUAUAUUCAAAGAGGAACGUGGACUGAAAAAAUGGAAUAUGACCCAGGGGGGAAGAUCAUUUCCAGGACCUGGGCAGACGGCAAAAUAUGGAGCUACACAUACUUAGAAAAGUCUGUGAUACUCCUCUUGCACAGCCAACGGCGCUACAUCUUUGAGUAUGACCAAUCUGACUACCUGCUCUCUGUCACCAUGCCCAGCAUGGUGCGCCACAGCUUCCAGACAAUGCUUUCUGUUGGGUACUAUCGUAACCUUUAUUCGCCACCGGACAGCAGCGCGUCUUUCAUCCAGGAUUUCACCAGAGAUGGACAGCUUCUGCAAACUCUUUACCCAGGAACAGGACGUAGGAUUCUGUACAAAUACACCAAGCAAUCCAGACUGUCAGAAAUACUUUAUGAUACAACGCAGGUCUCCUUUACUUAUGAAGAAUCAUCUGGAGUUAUUAAGACAAUACAUUUAAUGUAUGAUGGAUUCAUUUGCACCAUCAGAUAUAGGCAAACAGGUCCGCUUAUUGGUCGACAGAUAUUCAGAUUUAGCGAAGAAGGUCUUGUGAAUGCCAGAUUUGACUACAGUUACAACAACUUUCGAGUGACCAGCAUGCAGGCCAUGAUCAAUGAAACCCCUCUCCCUAUAGACCUGUAUCGCUACGUUGAUGUGUCUGGUAAAACUGAACAAUUUGGGAAAUUCAGUGUAAUCAACUAUGAUCUAAAUCAAGUUAUAACCACCACUGUGAUGAAGCAUACCAAAAUUUUCAGUGCCAAUGGCCAAGUGGUCGAAGUGCAAUAUGAGAUUCUGAAAUCUAUAGCCUACUGGAUGACUAUUCAGUAUGACAAUAUGGGUCGUAUGGUGAUAUGUGAUAUACGAGUCGGAGUAGAUGCCAACAUAACAAGGUAUUUUUAUGAAUAUGAUGCCGAUGGCCAGCUUCAAACUGUUUCUGUGAAUGAUAAAACCCAGUGGCGGUACAGCUAUGACCUCAACGGGAAUAUCAAUUUACUUAGCCAUGGAAAUAGUGCCCGACUUACCCCUCUGAGGUACGACCUUAGAGAUCGUAUCACACGACUAGGAGACAUUCAGUAUAAAAUGGAUGAAGAUGGAUUUCUUAAACAAAGAGGAAACGAUAUCUUUGAGUACAGCUCCAAUGGUUUUCUGAAUAAAGCUUACAACCGGGUUUCUGGGUGGACAAUCCAAUAUUGCUAUGAUGGGCUGGGUCGACGGGUCGACAGCAAAUCAAGUCUAGGACAACACUUGCAAUUCUUUUAUGCUGAUCUCUCCAAUCCAGUAAGAGUUACACAUUUAUACAAUCAUAGCAGUUUGGAAAUAACGUCCUUGUAUUACGAUCUUCAGGGUCACUUAAUAGCUAUGGAAUUAAGUAGCGGGGAAGAGUAUUACGUUGCCUGUGACAACACUGGCACACCUUUGGCUAUCUUUAGCAGUCGAGGUCAAGUGAUAAAAGAAAUUCUGUACACCCCUUAUGGGGAGAUCUAUCAAGACACAAAUCCAGAUUUUGAACUCAUUAUUGGUUUCCAUGGAGGACUGUACGACUCACUUACUAAACUGGUGCAUCUGGGGCAAAGAGAUUAUGAUGUCAUUGCUGGACGCUGGACAACACCAAACCAUCACAUCUGGGAGCAGCUGAAGAAUAUCCCAAAGCCAUUUAAUGUGUACGCAUUUGAAAAUAACUAUCCAGUUGGCAGGAUCCAAGAUGUGGCCAAAUACACAACAGACAUUGGAAGCUGGCUUGAGCUGUUUGGUUUCCAACUGCACAAUGUGCUUCCCGGCUUUCCCAAACCCGAGAUGGAUACUUUGGAGACAACAUAUGAACUUGUACAGCUUCAGACAAAGACCCAGGAGUGGGACCCUGGGAAGACUAUCCUUGGCAUUCAGUGCGAACUACAAAAACAACUCAAAAACUUCAUUUCCUUAGACCAGCUUCCCAUGACCCCCAAAUACAGCGAUGGGCGAUGUGUAGAAACAACGAAGCAGCCUAGAUUUGCUGCUGUCCCUUCCGUUUUUGGAAAAGGCAUCAAAUUUGCCAUUAAGGAUGGCUUGGCAACAGCUGACGUUAUUGGUGUAGCAAACGAAGACAGCCGGCGCAUUGCAGCCAUCCUCAACAACGCCCACUAUCUAGAGGACCUGCAUUUCACUGUAGAUGGACGAGACACACAUUACUUCAUCAAACUCGGGUCUUUGGAAGAAGACUUGGCACUGAUUGGGAACACAGGAGGACGACGCAUUUUAGAGAACGGAGUCAAUGUCACUGUGUCCCAAAUGACUUCCGUCAUCAAUGGGAGGACUAGACGGUUUGCUGACAUUCAACUCCAGCACGGUUCUUUGUGCUUUAAUGUUCGCUAUGGGACUACUGUGGAAGAGGAAAAGAACCAUGUUUUAGAAAUAGCCAGGCAGAGAGCAGUGGCUCAAGCCUGGACUAAGGAACAAAGACGGCUCCAAGAUGGUGAAGAAGGUAUUAGGGCUUGGACAGAGGCGGAAAAACAGCAGCUUUUAAGUACAGGGAAGGUGCAAGGCUACGAUGGUUAUUUCGUUUUAUCUGUGGAGCAGUAUCUAGAACUUUCUGACAGUGCCAACAAUAUUCACUUUAUGAGACAGAGUGAAAUAGGCAGAAGGUAACAAAAAAAAAAGAUCUCUGCCUUUGCAUCACCAAAGACUGCCUGUUUUUAAAACAUUAAGUAAAGGUUUAUUGUAUUGGUUUUUCUAGA